AUGAACGUCACAAAUCCAGCAGAACCAGUUCGGCAAGGCAGCACACCGCGGGUUGUCUUUCUCGUUGUCCAGACGAAAAUUUCACCUGGGUGGUGCCGAAUGCAGCUGAGUUCUAUCAUGUCCAAGGUGUCUGUGGUCACUAUUGGCGUCGGAAUGAACUACACACAUACGAAACGCCCCCAGUGGUUGCUGGAGUACAUCAACCAAGAGGGUCUUCGAGACCACGAUGUUGUUGUGGUAUUUGAUGGUGGUGACACUUUUUUCACUGGGGUCAGUAGGGUGCAGCGGGCAGUGGAUUAUUUUAUGGCGAGAACGGCACCCACCGCCGCUAAAUUUGAUGCCACUGCCGUACAGAACGGAAAUGCAACAGCACCAUUACUCUUUGCGAGCGACUCUCUGUGUUUCACACCUCAGUUGGAAUUUGUUGUCACAGAGGGACCGAGGGAUUAUAUAGAAAAAUGCCACUGGUUUUACAAGAGUAUGUUUGCUGUUGCAGGGUCUAUUCCUGGUCAACGCUUGGUACGAUUAAAAGGAGUUAAGUAUCGUUACCUUAAUGCAGGGGGUUUUGUGGGGCGUGUGUGGGCUCUGCGAACUGCUUUUGCUGUGUAUGCAAGAGUGGCAGCAAUGCACCGUAACUGGACAUGCGACCAGAGCAUUUGGAGCUUGUUGCACGUCUUGAGUCUGUGGCAGAAGCCGGACCUUCCCCAGCAUUUGCGUUUACCCUAUGGUAUUCUGAGUCUUGAUUACGAUCAUGAGUUUUUUUGCAAUGCGCGGUACAAACAUCCCGCAUUCUCUGCAAUUCAUCAUUUCCCUGGAAGUAUGUUGACGUGGCGACGCAUUUUACCCAGGUAUUUAAGAAGGACGACGUGGUUCUAUGAGUUACAACAAAAACCACGUUUACUGGAGGAGACGAAGCGUCUUUUGCGUUGUGCAAAGCUUGUGAAGGUGCGCGGAGCCGAUGGGCUUACGCGUACACACCAUUAUGGAAGAGUGUGUUCCAUCGGAGACGCUCUGAGUGCCACAUGGCUGAUGAGUCCCUUGGAAAAGUAUUAG